UGCGUGCGUGGGUGUUUCACCUUGACGGGUGACACUGCUGCAGUACCGCGCGCCACCGAGCAAGAAGAGAAGAGGGGAGGAAAUGCGCUCGUGGGGGUGGAGUGAGGGAUGUGUUGUUUCCUCCUCACGCAGCACAGCUCUCUUUCAGUCGGCAUCCUGCAGCCUCACCAUGGCUGUCAACAUCCCCGGCGUGGCCGUCAUGAUGUUCUUCUACCUGCUGGUGCUCGGCAUCGGGAUCUGGGCUUCCUUCAAGUCCAAACGGGAGGCCAAGAAGGGCACGGGGGAUAAAACGGAGAUGGCUCUGCUGGGGAACCGGGGCAUCAACCUGGUUGUCGGCAUCUUCACCAUGACAGCUACGUGGGUCGGAGGAGGCUUCAUCGUGGGCACAGCUGAGGCCGUCUAUAACCCCUCGAUGGGACUCAUCUGGGCCGUGAUGCCCGUCGCUGCCACCAUGUGCUUCGUCAUAGGUGAGCCUUCAUUGUCCUGUUGCAGUGUGAGGAGGAAACCAGUGGCCCCGUGUCCGCGAGGCUGUGGAGCUCAUUAG